AUGAUCGUAUCUCAAGUCAUAGCGGCCGUGCAGGCUGCCUUGGCUCGUGAGAAGAUUGUGUUUUGCGUUGUCGAAGAAGUUGCGUUGAAUUACUACAAUGUGCCUCGGAUACUCAAUACCCUGGGUAUUUGUGUCCCGCAUUCGCAGCUAGAUGCCGCCACCAAACUGAUCAAUGCCCACAACGAUGUUUUCGUACGCACAGCAUGGACCGAUCAACACGCUGACUGGAAGAAGCCAUAUCCUCGCUUUGAAGCAUUUAUUGAAGAAGACUACCUGACUCUUGUCAUAUUUCCUGACACGCAUUUCCACCUUCAACCGCUGAAGCAUUCAAUAGUUGACCGUUCUGCAUACAGUUCAGCUCGUCCUUUCUUUAGCAACGAGUUCAACUUCUCCACCGAUAUCUCCGAGCUAUCCAGGAUCCCUAUCCCCCGUCUGUCAUCGCUCUUGCAGGGACUGCUGAGGAGGUUUUGUGAAACGCAAGAUAUAUACUGUGCUGUCUGCGUGGAGCAACUUGUUGAUGGAAUGGUGCUGAGUGAAGCCUGGUGCAACACGCAUCUCGACCCUGGUCGAGAAGAAGAGCUGAAAUACGUGAUCGGCGUGAUAGGAACCAGGCCACAACGUCAAAAUCUAUUUUUGGAGAGCGAUUAUCUCUGUCAAGAUGAACGAGAAUUGAUGAAGAUCCCAGUCGCCCUCGCCCUUUUCCGAAGCACAAUAUCUCGCCUGGCAGCCCAUAAACACUCGGUAUCGCUUCAAUAUAUGUCAGAUCUUCAUCUGGAGAGCCAGCAAACUUACGACUUUGAGAUCCCUCGAGUGUCGCCGUAUUUAGUCCUGGCAGGCGAUAUUGGCCGUCUCAAGGACUAUGGCAAAUACCUGGAGUUUCUCACCAUACAAUGUCAACGGUUUUGGCGGGUUUUUCUCGUCCUUGGAAACCACGAAUUCUAUGGCAUCCUCAGACAGGAAGGGCUCGAAACGGCCCGGUCGUUGGAGCAAGAGCCAUGUCUAGGGGGCAAACUGACGGUUUUGAACAGAACCAUGUUCCGCCUGAAUCGAAGAAUAGCCAUCCUCGGAUGCACGUUGCACACGUCUAUACCAAGCGAGUCCGAGUUGUGGGUCAGAAUGAAAGUUGCGGAUUUCAGCCACAUCGGACAUGCGUACAGGACGUUACGCAAGCAAAUGCGGAAAGCAAGAUCCUUGUCGUUACGCACCAUGCUCCAGCCCUCAAAAACACAUGCGACCCGAAAUAUUUGUCCAACCCUUGGAAUUCUGCUUUUUGUUCCGACAUCCUCAAAUCUCAAAUUCCUCAUUGGAGUGGCGCCAAAAGCAUUCGAUGCUGGAUAUUUGGUCACACACACUGGUCCGCCCAAUUUGUGUAUCGUGGAACCGCCGUCUGCAGCAAUCAACGAGGGGUCCCGCGAGUCCAGCAAGUCCCGCAACAGCUGA